UUCCAGUGCAUCAUAUAUAAAGAGAUCAUCUUAAUUAAGCUCUAGCUCUCUCAUCGCUAAUCAAACCCGUAAAUAUUCUUAAUCACAGCGCUGCCGCAAUGGUUGCGUCAGUUGUCGGAGAUUUCGACUGGGCCAAGGAAGUGAAGGAGUUCGAGGACUCCAAAGCCGGGGUUAAGGGACUGGUAGACUCCGGCCUGAAGAAGGUCCCCAGGCUCUUCAUCCACUCACCGGAGAGUCUGGAGAGCUCUCAAGCGGGGUCCAAAACUUCCCACGGCCCUCCCCUCGAUCUCCCCACGAUAGACUUCCAGGGAGUGGAGAGCGGCGGAGCCCGGCGGAGGGAGGUCGUGGAGGCGAUACGCGAGGCGGCUUCAACCUGGGGGUUCUUCCGGAUGGUGAACCAUGGCAUCCCCAUCGACACCUUGGACGCCAUGUUGGAAGCUACGAGAAGGUUCCACGAGCAGCCCACCGAGGCCAAAAGGGAGAUAUAUUCCACCGAUGGCACGAGAAGUGUGAGAUUCAGCGGCAACGUUCCCAAAAAUGAAUUUGAUCCUGCUUGUUGGAUGGAUAUUUUAAGCUGUGUCUUCCGAGAUGAUGCUAUUGACCCACAAAUUAUUCCUUCAGUUUGCAGAAAGGAAGUGCAAGAGUACGUCAAGUACAUGAUCAAACUGAGGGAGACGAUGGCGGAAUUACUUUCAGAGGCUUUAGGCCUAAGCAGCGAUCACCUCUCUCGAAUCGAAUGCAUGAAGAGUGAAUCACUGGCAAUGCUCUACUACCCAGUUUGCCCGGAGCCGAAUCUCACCGUCGGCAACGUCAGGCAUUCCGACACCACUUUUCUCACAGUCCUGUUGCAAGACGGCAUUGGCGGCCUCCAAAUUCUUCACGAUAACCAGUGGGUCGACGUGCCGCCCGUUCAUGGAGCUCUCAUAGCCAACAUAGGCGACCUUAUGCAGAUGAUUUCGAACGACAAGUUCAAGAGCGUGCUGCACAAGGUGAAGGCUCAACCCGUGGGAUCAAGAGUCUCAGUGGCUUGCUUCUUCACUGCAAGCACCGCCGCCUCAGCCAAGCCCUUCGGACCGAUCAAGGAGCUUCUCUCGGAGGACAGCCGGCCGGUCUACCGAGAAUUCCUCGCCGGCGAAUACUACGCCGCUUACAAGAGCGUUUACGGCCGCGCCGCCUCUGCCCUCGCUCACUUCAAGCUAUGAACAAAUAUAUCCUGUGGAUUAAUAACUGCUCAUAGCUAUAUAGAGAUAUGAUAUGAAAAUUAAGACGCUUUUGUAAGUCAAUCGUGCAUGGGUUACGUUUGACUUUAAAAAUACUUAGAAUAAAUAAAAAUAUAUGCAAUUUAGAGUGAAAUAAAAUGUGUUGCACAAUAAUGAAGUGAUCCUUUUAUUUUCC